AUGUCUGCUCCAUCCUACGCCAGUGUUGCCAAGGAGGAUGAGCGAGUGGAGGGCGAGAUGAUUCAGGACGCUAACGACAAGGAGGUGGCCAGCGACAAGGGGCCGCAGCCGGCAGCCAAGGACAAGGCUGAUGGCAGUGAAAAGGCUGCUGCUGGUGACAUGAAAGGCGGAGACAAGUCUGUGUCGUCCGAAGAGCCCGUGAUCACCUCCCUAACACCCGCACCGCCACCAAAGGUGAAUGCGUGGAAGAUCAAGAGCGACACGGUGGCUGUUGCUCCCCCCUCGUUUGAGGACAAGCGAGACACGUCGCCCGCAGCCCCCAAGAUGAAAAUGGGCAAGGGCGAAAAGUGGGUGCCCUAUACUCCCACUCUGGUCAUGAACGGCGGCAAGCGAGGCGGCCGAAGUAAGGGACAAGGCAACCAGACCGGCCAGAAUGGCUCUCAAUCGCAGUCCUCGCAACCCCGGCGAAAAUCCAAACCCAGAGCUCCCCAUGGAGACAAGAAAGAUGCAUCCGACUCGUCUGCCACCGGCGCAGGAGCUUCUGCAAGUGGCGGGUCUUCUGACGGUGGAGCUGAAGGGGCCGGUGGGGCCGGUGGUUCGGAAAAGCGAAAGAUGCGAUACAACUACCGAAAAAACUACUACAAGAAUGAUUUCCAGCCCCAGGGCGGCGCACCCGGCCAGCCCGGCUUCUACCAGCCCCCCGGAGCCUACGAGUACGCUCUGAGUCUCAUCAUUGGCCAGGUGGAGUACUAUUUCAGCGUGGAGAACCUGUGCAAGGAUCUGUUUAUGCGGAAACAGAUGAACAGCGCCGGCCUGGUGCCUCUGACGCUCAUUGCCGGCUUCAACCGGGUCAAGGCCCUGGCACACGACCCGGCUGUCUUUAUGCAGGCCUGUCGGUUUGCUCCUUCUUUGCAGGUGGUUGGCGAUAGAAUCCGACUGCAGCAGGGCUGGGAGCAGUGGGUGCUGCCCCUGGAGGAGCGAGAUGAGGCUGGCAAGGUGGAGGACGUGGAUCCCGAGGCUGAGGCCUUCCCCGGUCUCCAGCAGCAUCAGCACCAGCAACAGCAGAUGCAGAUGCAGCACCAGCAGAUGCAGCAGUCCAGCGAGCCUUCCAAGGUCAGCUUCGACGUGGCCAAUGCCACCCCCUUUGUGCCCAAGAAGCAGUAA